UGUGUGAAAUGUUGCAGUCAUGAUGCUUUGUGGUUUGAGUCCCUUGAUCAUGUGCUCUGAGAGGAUGGUGGUUGUGGCCGUGGGUGACGGAGACGCUCAAGCCCUGGCAGGUGCAUCUUCAGUUUCCCUCACACUUGGAGUUCUUCAGGAGGAGGGGCUGGAGGCCUAGACCACCAUCGGGACAAUGUUGCUCAGGCUGCUCCUGGCUCUCAACUUACUCCCCUCAAUUCAAGUAACAGAAAACAAGAUUUUGGUGAAGCAGUUACCCAGGCUUGUGGUGAGCAACAAUGAGGUCAACCUUAGCUGCAAGUAUACCUACAACCUCUUCUCAAAGGAGUUCCGGGCAUCCCUUUACAAGGGAGCAGACAGUGCCUUGGAAGUCUGUGUUGUGAAUGGGAAUCACUCCCAUCAACUGCAGUUUCACUCAAACACAGGGUUCAAUUGUGGUGGGAAAUUGGACAAUGAAUCAGUGACAUUCUACCUCUGGGACCUGAACGUUAACCAAACAGAUAUUUACUUCUGCAAAAUUGAAGUCAUGUAUCCUCCUCCUUACCUGGACAACGAGAAGAGCAAUGGAACUAUUAUCCAUGUGAAAGAGAAACAUAGUUGUCCACCUCACUUAUCCCCUGAGUCUGCUAAACCCUUCUGGGCACUGGUGGUUGUUGGUGGAGUCCUGGUUUUCUACAGUUUGAUGGUGACAGUGGCCCUGUGCACUUUCUGGAUGAAGAGUAAGAGGAGCAGGCUCCUUCAGAGUGACUACAUGAACAUGACCCCACGGCGACCUGGUCCCACACGCAAGCACUACCAGCCCUACGCUCCAGCACGCGACUUUGCGGCCUACCGCUCCUGACACAGACACCUAUCCAGAAGCCAGCCGGCUGGCACGCACAACCUGCUCAACAUCACUGCUCUGGAUAGGAAAGUGCCGCCUCACCUCCAGCCGGCCACUCAGGGCCCUGCUAGGCCAUUGAGUUGAGUUUUCUUGAGUGACUAGACCAAACAUCACCAUCAUUUUGAGACUCG